UACCACACGAAGUUGCUGAUCUGGAGCCUACAUUACAGCUGCUUGAGGCGCAAGAUUCCAAUGAUACUGCUACUUGGGAAACAAGGUAUCCAUGCCAGAGAAUGGGUGACUCCGGCCGCAGCAUUGUACAUCCUUCACCAAGUGUUGGACAAUCUCUCCUCGGACGAUGCCAAUUCCACCUUCUCUGGCCUCAACUACUACAUACUGCCUGUCGUCAACCCAGAUGGCUACGAGUACUCACACACCACAGAUCGUUUCUGGAGAAAGAACCGUUCGGCCAACAACGGCUCGAGUUGUAUGGGGACGGAUCUGAACCGCAACUGGAACCAUAAGUGGGCGGGGCCAGACUCCUGGUCCGACCCUUGCCACAUGAACUACCGCGGGGCUCAGCCCUUCUCAGAACUCGAGACUCAGGCCAUGUCAAAGUACUUGCUUAGCAAAACUGGCGAGAUUAAGGGAUAUAUGAGUCUUCACAGCUAUGGCCAAAACGUGUUGUUUCCGUGGGCCUACAGCUACACUAGACCAUCUGACUACAAGGAUCUCUACGAUCUUGCAUACUACAUGGCCUACAAGAUAAAGCUGGAAAAUAAAGCAAUAUACAAGUUUGGAGGAGCGGCUGAAUCUUAUUACAUAGCUUCUGGAGGAUCCCAGGAUUGGGCGAAGGCAGCUGCAAAGAUCAAAUACUCGUACACUCUCGAACUCAGAGACACUGGAGAGUAUAUGUUCUCUCUUCCACCAUCGGAGAUUAUGAAGGCAUCAAAAGAUGCUUUUGCAGCCUUCACCGUACUUACUCAAAAAGUGAAAAAUUGACAUUCUACCUGUUAUACAUGUUUAUGCUUGAUUUGUAUAGCUUUGUAAAAUUUCCAUGUCCUUUCUGUGAAAGGUUUUUCAUUUAAAGCUUAACACAAACAAACCAAUAAAAGAUACAGUUUUAAUGUCUCAGGGUUGUAUAAUAUUGUUCAUUUUGUUUACAAAGAGGCAAAACAUUUAUGU